CGCGUCCGCGUCCACGCUCACACUCUACUUCUUAAGCUCACCCGCUUCCUUGCUCGCGCUACUUGCAUCCAAGCUAUUCCAACCAUAUAAACCCUCCGCACUGCUUUUGUUCACAUCCGUACGAUGCUUUCCUCCACCAGCACUCCCCAGAUGGCUGUCCCCAAGAUCAACAUUCUCAUCCCCAUGGCCGGCGCAGGCAGCCGAUUUGCCAAAGCUGGAUACAAGGAUCCAAAGCCUCUCAUCCCCGUCCGCGGCAAGCCCAUGAUCCAGGUUGUCGUCGACAAUAUGCGCGUCCCCGACGCGCACUUCAUCUUUGUCGUCCAGCGAGAGCAUUAUGCACAGUACGAUUUGGGAAGAAAACUUAGCGCGAUCGCUCCCGGUUGCGACAUCGUCCAGAUUGAUGGCCUCACAGAAGGCGCAGCCUGCACCGUACUAAAGGCAAAGUCUUUGAUCGACUCGGACGUACCCCUUUUGACCGCCAACUCCGACCAGUUCUUGGAAUGGGACGCGGCCGAGUUCGUGGCCAGCAUGACCGACGGUGUAGACGGGGUUGUCUCUACCUUCAUCAAGGACGAACCUGAUGUCAAGUGGUCCUAUGCUAAAUUGGACGAAUAUGGCCACAUCCAAGACAUCCAAGAGAAGAAACCCAUCUCCAACAUUGCCACAACAGGUAUCUACAUGUGGCGAAAGGGAUCGGAUUUUGUUCGCUACGCGCAGCAAAUGAUGGACGCCGGUGACAAGAGCAACGGGGAAUAUUAUGUAGCCCCAGUCUACAACUACGGCAUUCGCGAUGGAAAGAAAUAUAUCACCAAGCAUUGUGACCGGAUGUGGGGAAUUGGAGUUCCAGACGACUUGAACUUCUUUUUGGCGGAAUACAAGAAGCCCUUGAUCCGUCCACAAAUUGUCGACGGUACAGCGGUUUUCUGACCUGUACAUCCUCAUUUAUGACGGAUAAUUGUAUUGUAUCAUACCUGUAUUCAAGGGUGUACAAAAUGAAUAAAUGUAAUCGAUGCCACGGGAACGUCACCGGAGAGUUGGCGUUUGCUUGUUAUUGUAUAGCCACAGUAUUAAUUACGAACAUCGUCUUAAUAAUGUAACAAGUUACAUAGCAUAAUGUAUACUGCCACAGCCAGAUAUGGCAGACCGC